GUCGCCGACGACGCGGACUUCACGGCCGUCGACGCGAUGAUCGUCGGCCUCGAGGGCACGCCCUACGCCGGCGGCUUCUUCCACUUCAAGGUCCGGUUCCCGCCGGCGUACCCGUGCGACUGCCCCAAGGUCGAGCUCGCGACGACGGGCCGGGGCACCGUGGGCUUCAACCCGAAUUUGUACGCGAACGGCAAGGUCUGCCUCUCGAUCCUCGGCACGUGGGCCGGGCCGUCGUGGUCGCCGACGCAGUCGCUCGCGUCCGUGCUCCUGAGCAUCCAGUCGCUGAUGCACGACCGGCCCUACGUCAACGAGCCCGGCCGCGAGGCGGCGUCGGACGCGGCCUGCGCGCCCUACAACGAGUUUUUGCGGUACGCGACGCUCCGCUACGCGCUCGCGCGCAACGUCGACGCGUCGAGCGCCGAGUACCGGGCGAUGCCGGAGCCGAUGCGGCGGUUUGUGGCCGACGCGUUCCUGCGAAAGUUCGAC